CAAGCAUCGCGACGACGCGAGGCUGAUGCACACUGCUCCGAAACCAAGACGAACGGUAUCUCCGCGCAAAACCAGCCACAUGUCCUAAACUACAGAUGCAAACUACGCUCGACAGUGCCACCUACGCUCCAUCAAAAAAAGGCCCGCAUCGCCCCAAGAAAUAACGACAUCCGUCACACCCACCCCCAGCAGCCAACAAGGAUGCCCUCCGACCUGGCCGCCUACCUGGCUGAGCACUACCUCACAGCCGACCCGAAGCCGACAAAGAAGCGCAAGAGAAAGCACGGCGACGGCGGCAAGAAGGACGGCCUCCUCAUCAAGGACGACGACGACGAGUCGGCAUGGGGCACCUCCCGCCGCGCCGGCGCCGCAGACGACCAGCAACCCCACCUCGGCGCCGCCGUGGCCGGCACGUCGGCCGAGUUCAAGAAGGCCGCCAAGUCCGGCUGGAAGACGCUGGGCGGCGGCAGCAAACCCUCAACGGCGCCAGAUGAGGCCGCAGCAGCAGACGCCGUCCUGGCCGAGGCGGCCGCCGAGGCCGCGGCCCGGCGCGCGGACGACGACGAGGCGCCCGUCGUCGAGGGCGGCGUACAGGCGACGGCGGCACUAAAGAUGAGCGACGGCACGCACGCGGGCCUGCAGACGGCGGCGGCUGUGUCGGCGCAGCUGGCGGCGCGGCGGGCCGAGGAGAAGGCGCAGUACGAGGCGGAGCGGGCGGAGAGGCGGGCGGCGCGGCGGGCGGCCCGCGGCGGCAAUACCGGCGGGGGCGACAGCAGCGGCGAGGAGGAGACGGUGUUCCGCGACGCGACGGGCCGGCGCAUCGACGUGGCGCUGCAGCGCGAGCAGAAGCGGCGGGCCGACGAGGACAAGGCGCGCGCGGCCAAGGAGGCGCUCAAGGGCGAGGUGCAGCUGGAGCAGGCGCGCAUGCGGCGUGAGGCGCUCGAGGACGCGGCCCUCAUGCCGCUGGCGCGCGGCAAGGACGACGCCGAGAUGAACGGCGAGCUCAAGGCCCAGCAGCGCUGGAACGACCCCAUGAUGCAGUUCAUGGCCGACAAGGACAGGGGCGGCGGCGGCGCUGCGUCGGGCGGCAAGUCGGGCGCCUCGAGUAGGAACAAGGGCAGACCCGUCUACCAGGGGCCUGCGGCGCCAAACAGAUACGGCAUACGGCCUGGGUACCGCUGGGACGGCGUGGACCGCGGCAACGGGUUCGAGGUCGAGCGCUUCAAGGCGCUCAACCGUCGCGAACGCAACAAGGGCUUGGAGUAUUCGUGGCAGAUGGACGAGGACUGAAAAUAGUGCGAGCGUCGCCGAGGGGCGCGAUAAUAACCUAUAUACCCCUAUUUGAGAAAAUCACAAGCAUCUAUUCGUACACGCUCACACGUGCUCGGUGUUUUGGUGCCCUCGUCUGCUCAG